AUGUGGGAUGAAGUGAUGGCAUCGGACGGAGGAUCCUUCUCUAGCUUCCGGGAGUUGUACGGCAACAUCCACGGCCCGGCGGUGCUCACUGGCGCCGCGUUUGCGCUUGUGGCGCUCCUCAUCUCGCUCUGGCUCAUCCUGCAGCACCUCAGAUCCUACAACGAUCCAGCCGAGCAGAAGUGGAUCAUAGCUGUGCUGUUCAUGGUGCCUGUUUAUGCCUCUGAAUCUAUAAUUUCACUGUGGAAUUCAAAGCUCUCUCUGGCUUGUGAUAUAUUGCGGAAUUGUUAUGAAGCCUUUGCUCUGUAUGCCUUUGGACGAUACUUGGUCGCUUGCCUUGGUGGGGAAAGACAAGUGUUCCAUUUGCUUGAGAACAGAAAAGGGGACGAGCUGAGCGAGCAGCUGCUAGAGAGUCAAGACAAGACACAAGCUCAUAACCGAAGCAGAGUGUACAAUUUCUUUUGUGACCCUAAUGCUCUGGGAGAGAACUUGUACACGAUUAUAAAAUUCGGUCUUGUGCAAUAUAUGAUUCUGAAGACACUAUGUGCUUUAUUGGCGUUGAUCUUGGAGCUUUUUGGAGCCUAUGGAGAUGGUGAAUUCAAGUGGAAUUACGGAUAUCCUUAUAUUGCAGUUGUCAUAAAUUUCAGCCAGACAUGGGCGUUGUAUUGUCUUGUAAAAUUUUACAAUGCAACACAUGAAAAACUACAGGCAAUAAGGCCACUAGCCAAGUUCAUAAGCUUUAAGGCCAUUGUAUUUGCCACUUGGUGGCAAGGAGUUGGCAUUGCAAUCAUUUGCCAAACUGGACUCCUGCCCAAAGAGGGAAAAGUGCAGAAUGCACUACAGGACUUCCUCAUUUGCAUUGAGAUGGCUAUCGCAGCUACAGCGCACGCCUAUGUCUUCACUGUGGAGCCGUACCAGCGCAUCCCUGUACUUGAUCAUUGGGAAGUCACAUUUGAGGAAAGUAAAAUGGAGGCAAAGUUAGAUGUCAACGAUGAUACAAGCAGUACACCAACUACCAUUGAGCAGCAGGAGACCCAUGUUGAAGCUCCAGGGACAAGCAUCAAGGAGAGCGUGCAGGAUGUUGUCCUCGUUGGCGGCCAACAUGUUGUCAAGGAUGUUGCCCUUACAAUCUUGCAAGCGAUUGGACCUGUGGAGAAAGGUGUCGAGAAAGGAGUUGGGAAGAUUCAGGAUAAGUUCCAUCAUAUCUCGCUGAAGCCAGGGGACAAGAAAGAACCUGAAGUUGAUGUGGAGGAGCACAUCACUGAGAAUGUUGUGGAUGGCAAACCUGUUGCAGUCAACGCAGAGGUUGAAGUCGAACAGAAGGUGCAAGAUAGUGGCAAGGAAGGUGAAACUGCCGUGGUUGAGACUGAUGUGGAAAUCAAAAGAACAGAGAAGGACGAUGACGUGUAG